AUCAAACACGAGUUGGCGGCGAGCUUUGGACUCGAACGCGCGUUCGCGGCACGCGCAAUUUAAAUUUGACCCAUAGGCAAUUUACUUUUUUUCGUGUGUGUUUUAUGCCAGUGAUUGACUAUGAAACGUUGAUGUUGUUUGUGAAGAUGAUAUCGUGCGCGUUCGCGAGUUCUACAUCGCGAUGCAGCGUUGCCCCUACAUCCACGAGAUGAAGGAGCGGCUGCUGGGCGCGCCUGUGGACAGUGUAGAGAGAAUAGACAAGGACCGGCCUCUGCCGCCGGAGCCUGACACCCAGGUCCCGACAAUCGUCAAGCUGAAUUCCGACGGGUACGGGUCCCACACCUCGCCGGCGCGCGCGCCGCUCGUCGCCGACGAGUGCGAGCCGCCGGCGGAGGAGACCGACGCGUUGACGCCCGACGUGUUGCGGUACCGCGUCUGCUGCCAGCCCGAAACCAAACCCAAGAAUGCCAAAACAUCACUCUUCAUCAUCUCAAGUUUCAUCUACGCCAAGCUGCUGGUGGUCGUGUGUCUCGCAUACGUCAUCAGUGACGUCAUCACCCACAAUCUACCCCUGUACUACUACGAAGGCUUCUUCACUUACCUCUAUGGAAUGAGUAUUCUCUUCCUCCUGUACGUGUUCUGCUUCCUUCUACAAGAAAGCGCAUGCUGCAGUGGAAGUCCGCCUAAACCGAAACCCCCACCGAAGGAAAAGAAGCAGAAGAAAGAAAAAGAAAAGAAAACCAAAGAUAAAGAAGGUAAAAACGCAAAGGACAAAGAUGGCAAGAAAGAUAAGAAAGAUGGAAAAUCCAAGGAUAAAGAAGGAAAGGAAUCCGACAAAGAUAAAGCAGCCAAAGAUAAUAAGAAGCAAAGUCAAUUCCAGGAGGUGUACCCCCGUAAGAUGCGUGAUAAAGUUCGUCAACAGCAAUUACAAAUGCAAAUGGCGCAAUUAUAUGCCUCCGAGCAGCAACAAGAUGUGGUGGAAUUGGAAGCCGGCCCUGUCGCCAGACCGAAUCGUCGACGAAAAACUUCGCAAAACGACCAUAGCCAUGGCAGCUUCUUUUUGAGAAUUGGAGCUAUUGCCUUUGGCCUCGGCACGAUGAUAUACAAUGGACUCGAGUUCGGAACAUUCUUUGAAUUGCCACUUGACUCGCCCUGCUAUUUGAUUUUGAAAGGCGUGAAUCCAGUGCUCCAAAUGGUGUUCACUUUCAUGCAGAUGUACUUUAUAUUCAUGAAUUCAAGGUUGAACAUUCAUAGAUUCAAGGUGAUCGCUCGUUUCGGAUUAAUGCACGUUGUGGCCACCAACAUUUGUGUAUGGAUACGUACUCUGGUACUGGAGUCUCUUAAAGAGAUCACAGAUUUCCAUGUGAGAAAUCCCCAAGGAGUGCCUGGUGAGGGAGUGCUUGGAAGAGUCAUCCGAAAACAUACCUUGAGACAUUCCGGCAAAGUUUUUGGUGCAGCUUCAACAGCAGCAACAACGAUGGGCUCUACUGCUGCUACAGCCGUAAAAGCUGCUGGUGAGCAAAUCGUCAACGCAGUUACUACUACCAUAUCGGCACCUACUACGACAGCGAACAACUCUACCGAACUCUUUGAAUCAUUUGAUGCUUUGAACCCGGCUGCGCUGAUUGCGAAUAUUGAUAACACGACUGUCUGUGGCCGUAAUCCUAUAAUGGGCACUAUCGUCACCGACUCGGCACCUUACUUGUAUCCGUUCAUCAUCGAAUACUCCCUAAUCGGAGCUGCGGUUAUCUACGUUAUGUGGAAGCACAUUGGACGAUACCCCAGCGUGGCCAAUGACGAAGAUCUGGAAAGACGUCUGGAGGCUGUUCUGUCCCGCAGGGCAGCGGCACUAGCGGCGGCGCAGCGUGGAAACCGAGUGGACUGCGCGGGUGCAGCUAAAGGACUUUUCUGUGGACUCUUACUUCUCGUCGCCUCACUCAUCUGUCUGAUCCUAUUCUUCGUACUGAUAAGACACCAGGAAUUAAAACGGCUCUCAAUCUAUCUGGCUGACGUCUCGCAUUGCGCUCUCAUGGUGCUAUCCAUUUUUGCAAUUCUGAUUGGAUUUAUACGUGGUAGAAAGAUGAAAUGGAGUUCAGUUCCCCCCUCCUACACCGAACCUCUCCACAGGGUGCAAUCGCUGAAGUUCCGCUCUGAAGAACAAUCGGACUUGAACGACAUUCUGCUUCGCGUCUCCGCUUUCGGCCUCUUUAUCUAUGCUGUGUUCAGCGUCAUUGCUGGAGGGAUGGGAGCCUUCACUCACGAGCCUAACUUACUGGUCAUGAUCACUGGAUGUCUGAGUGUGCUUCAAGUAAUCCUGCAGCUGUUGUUCAUCGCGGAUGUGUCCCGUCGUCGUGUCCACCUCCCAGAGCAGGAGCGCAGCAAGCCCGCCCGCCAGGCCGUCACCUUCCUGCUCAUCUGCAACGUCACUAUGUGGCUCAUCUACACCUUCGAGGCGCAGAAGGUUCUGGCCAACCCGGUUCAACUAGAUUUCUACGGAUUCGUAGCCUGGUCCUUGGUACAACGGUUCACCCUGCCCCUGUGCAUCUUCCACCGCUUCCACUCCGCCGUCACCCUGGCUGAGAUCUGGAAGACCAGCUACAAGGCGCGUCUGGAGUGAAUACACAUAUUGUAUACCAACGAUUGAAACUAUCAGUCCAACAUCAUCCCUUUAGGGAAUUAGCAAUUUCGUCCUCAUCUUGGGCAGCAAUUUAUAGUUAGAAGGGAUACUUUAUCGCAUGGAUAGAUCAACUUUAGGUAGUAGAUAAUAGGUAUGGGUCGAUUCCGAAUGUUCUUUUACGUACACUUAUCGUUAGCAACGUACUGCAGCGCAAUGGAAAACAUCAGCAGUUUUGACAUUCCAUAGCACUCUCAUUACAGUUAGGUUUUCAGAAGACUGACGAAUACGUAUUAAUAUUGCUCACAGUUGAUUUUGUCGCCAAUUGGGUACCCGAAAACCUGUUGUGAAAAUUCCCUCCUUUGUUUAGAAAUUAGAAUUUGAGUGCCAUUCGUAGAGCUUAGAAUUCGAGACAAUAUUCCUUUGGUCGAAUACACAAAUUGAAGUAAUAGUACGUUUCGAAUGCCUUAAUUUACUAUAUCAAAAUCCGUGGAUCGAUUGUCAUAGUCGUUCGUAGCUAUACCGAUUUAGAUGUUUUAAACGCUAUAUAAAAUUUGAAAGAUUUACUAUGUCGACGUAUUAUAGAGUAGGUUAUUCUACUUAUUAUAGAUAUAUUAUAGACGUGUCGAAAUAUCUUAUUGAAUGUACUUAAAGUUA